AUGGCGAGAAAGGCUGGCAAGAGGUCGAACAAAAAGCACCAGAUGACUGGAGAGACAGGCGAUUCAUAUGGCCUGAAUGAGAUUGACGAUUUUGCAUCGAAGAGGGAUCAAAUAUUACUCGAAAACUCCAAUCUUGGCACCCAAGGGGCUGAUGACUACGAAUCUAAUCCGGACGAUGAAGAAGAAGAAGUCAUGGCCAUGAGUAACGAAGAAACUUCAUCAGAAGAAGAGGAUGAAGAGGAAGAGGAAGAACAAGAGCAAACUGAUGAAGAAUUGGAUGGCGAGCAGGCUUAUAGAAAGGUUUUCGGUAGGAAGUUGGAACUGCACAGAGACCCGGCUGAGGAUGAAGGAGGCAUGCUUGGUAACGACAAUGCCUGGGGUAGUACUAAAGGUGAUUACUAUGGUGCAGAUGACAUUGACGAUGAAGAGACAGCUAAAGAAGUCGAGAAAGAAGCUCUUCGUCAGAAAAAGAAACACCUUGAAGAGCUUAAUAUGAAUGACUACCUGGAUGAUGAUUUAGACGAGGAAUGGUCAAAGAGUGCGAAAGAGUUUGAUGUGGGAGAGUUCAAAGAGUCUACGAAGCAAGAUGACAAGACUGCUUCAAUCAAGGAUAUACUGAAUAUGGACUCUGAAGCAAAAAAGAAUCAUUUGCAAACCCUUUUCCCAGAAUUCAUACCGCUUAGUAAGGAGAUGAUUCAGCUAUCUGAUCUACUAGAGGAACUCAAAUCUGAAGAGGAGUCAGAAAUUACAAAACUAAAGAUUUGCGCACUAUCGACUUACCUGGGAACUUUGUCCUCUUAUUUUGGUAUAUUACUUCAUGAGCUGAAUAAUAACGACACCUUCGCGACGAUGAGGGACCACCCGGUAAUGGAGAUGAUAUUGACCUCAAAAGAAGUUUGGAGACAGGCAAGCUCUCUUACUCAGAAAUUUGAUCAAGAAAAUGAGUCACAGGAUGAUGAUGAUGAAGACAUGGCGGAUCCAGGGCUUGAACAGUUUGACGAAGGCAAGCUCGAUGGCUUGAGAAGCGGCAAUAGCGAAGAUGUCGAGGAAAGUGACCAGGAGGAAAAGGCGUCAGAGGUAGAAGACCAAGAGGAGGCAGAAGACGAUGAUAGUGAGGAUGAUGACGAUGUCGAUCUAGAUGAUUUCGAAGAAUACGUUGCUCAGUCUCGUAUAUCUAAAAGCAAAAUCAAUGGCAAACAAGAAUCUGCACGUACUGAUGAUUAUGUGGAAGGUGAAAUGGCAGACGUUGACUCUCAAGAAAAGAAAGCACGUAAGAGAACGCUGCGUUUCUACACAUCUAAGAUCGACCAAAGUGAAAACAAGAAGCUUGAUAAGUUCAAAGGUGACGAUGAUAUCCCAUACAAAGAACGUUUCUUUGAGAGACAGCAAAGAUUACUUGAGGAGGCGCGCAAACGUGGUCAACAAGGUCCAAGUGGAGCCGACCUUGACACAAAAGAUUAUAACUCCGGAGACGAAGCUACUUCUAAGGCUAUGAAUAAUGAAUCUGAAAAGGAUUACUUCAAUCUCACUCAAAAGAGAAGACAGGAGAGAAAAGGCGCUCGACAACAAGCUCAUAAGGAAGCUGUCAAAGCUGCAAGGCACGGCAAGCUGGCUGAGCUGGUUGGAAAGGUGGGCGAAGAUGGUAAGCGUGCAAUCAACUAUCAAAUUUUAAAGAACAAGGGUCUGACGCCGAAGAGGAAGAAGGACGACAGAAAUUCGCGUGUCAAGAAGAGAAAGAAGUACGAAAAAGCUCAAAAGAAGCUCAAAUCUGUUCGGGCUGUUUAUUCUGGUGGCCAAUCUGGUGUUUAUGAAGGUGAAAAGACAGGUAUUAAGAAGAAUUUGACGAAAUCAGUCAAGUUCAAAAACUAG